AGGUUUCACCAGGUCUCGGUAUAAUGCAACUGGCAAGCUCGGGUCGCUCAUUUCGACGGUGGUUAUUAGAAGAACAACUGGCCGAGAUUAAUUAGUGCACCUUUCGGGUGGAAGUGAGUGAAUCACUGCGUAAAGUUGCAGAAUUAAAUUCUUAAUUGUAGUGCAAAUAAUUGCCACCCUUCGGGUGAUUUAGUGACAAUUAAUUUUCCUGGGAAUCGGGUGGUGAUGAUUGGAUAGAAGCUCUACCAGUUGUGUAACAAAAUCGAGUGAAAACCAUGAAGCUGCUUGCCAAAGUGAUAGUUGUUCUAGUUUUUUGUGGCCUAGCCCUAGCCGCGGAGGAUGACCAAAGUAAAAAUAGCACCUCAAACAACUCAACCAGCGGAGACAACAAACCGUCAACCAAUGCUCCAACCGACGACAAAAAGCUUCCGAAUGAGUUGUGCUCUCCGUGCAAUUGCGAUGCCGCCAAAAAAACGUUCGACUGCUCCUCAGCCAAACUAAACAAACUGUUCAACAUGAGCGAAUGGCUUACCCUGAACGAAAGUGGUGUCGCAACGGAUAUCAUGCUCCUGAGCCGCAACGGACUCUCCUCGGUGCCGGCAUUCCCUCAGCUCGACGUUAAAAUAUUGGACCUCAGUCAUAACAAUAUUUCAACCAUUGCGAAAAAGGCUUUCAUCACGCUGACUAAUCUGGAAGUGUUGGAUUUGUCGUACAACAUGCUUACGUCGAAGAGUCUGAUCCCGGAGAUUUUCGAGGGUGUUUACAAUCCGGACGAGUACCUCCCGCUGGAGAAGUUGCGGGUUUUGCGGUUGGGUAACAAUCAGUUGCACUCGCUGGAUCAGGACCUGUUUGAGCACAUGCCCAACCUGGAGGAACUUAGUCUGGAAUCGAACGUGUUUAAGGUGAUCGAUCGGUUGACGGAAACGGCGAUCGCUAGCGUUAAGACGUUACGCUCGCUCGAUUUAAGCUACAUGGAAUUGGUGGACAUUCCGGAGUACAUUUUCAAUGCACCGCAAGGUCUGGAGUAUCUGAAUUUGACCGGAAAUCUGCUGACAACGAUUCCGGAAGCACUGAACUAUGCGCUGCAUCUGAAGUGGCUCAGCUUGGAUGAGAAUCCGAUCGAUAAUAUUCAGGGUGAUCAUGUUUUUCCCAGCCUAGUAACUCUGGAGUACUUAAGUCUGUCGUACAUCACUCCUCUGAAGGUGAUUGGACGUGGAGCUUUCAGCAAGUUGGAAAACCUCAAAGAAAUUCACAUUUGCAACAAUCCGGAGUUUUCGUUCUUCCACGCGGAGGCAUUCGUCCGCAGCGAUCCGGACGACCCGGCUCGCAAGACUUGGCCUCGCGUUAAAAAGCUCUAUCUGCACAACAACAACCUAACCACGCUGGACUCGCAAACGCUGGCCCGUUGGGACGACAUGGAUGUGGUGGACAUCCGCGUCAAUCCGUGGGACUGCGAUUGUCACAAUCAGUGGCUGGUCGAAACGCUGCUGCCGCUGAUCGAGAAGACGACGCCGGAAAUCAUGAACAAUGUUGUUUGCGCCACUCCAAAACAGAUGGCCGGUCUGUCGAUGGUCGAGCUGGAGCACAAGCACAGUCAGAUGCGUUGCGCCGACAAGUUCGGUAACAACCCGCAGAACGACGGAGCGCUGCUCAUUGGGCUGCUGGUUGGACUGCUAGCUGGAAUCCCACUGACGGCGGCGGUCAUUAUGAUCUACAAGCGGGGCUGCUUCGGGCUGGUACGCCGCGGUCCGGCCGACUUUUCCCGGGCCUUCUACAGCCGGGCAACGAAUGAUGACUUCUAAACUGAGGCCACCAGGAGGCAGGGCGCCGUUCGUAUUGAAUUUGAC